CACACUGACUACACACACACACACACACUGACUACACACACACACACACACACACACACACACACACACACACACACACACACUGAGUACACACUGACUACACAAACACACACACACACACACUGACUACACACACACACACACACACACACACACACACACACUGACUACACACACGCACACACACUGACUACACACACACACACUGACUACACACUGACUACACACACACACCAACAUGAUGAAAUUCAUUGACUGUAGAAGGCAAUGUGAUGUAAGGACAACUGUUAAAACGAGGAGAAGAGGAGGAGGAGAGAGGGAGGAAGGUGAGGAGGGAAGGAAAGGAUGUGGAGGGGAGGAAAGGAAAAAGGAACGAAGGGAAGGAUGAAGGAGUGAAGGACAGGAUGAAGGAGGAAAGGAAAGGAUGGAGUGAAGGAAAGGAUGAAAGAAUGAAGGAAAGGAUAAAGCAGUGAAGGAAAGGAUAAAGGAGUUAAGGAAAGGAUGAAGGAGUUAAGAAAGAGAUGAAGGAAUGAAGGAAAGGAUGGAGUGAAGGAAAGGAUGAAGGAAUGAAGGAAAGGAUGAAGGAGUGAAGGAAAGGACAAAGGAAAGGAUGAAGGAGGAAAGGAAAGGAUGAAUGAGUGAAGGAAAGGACAAAGGACAGGAUGAAGGAGUAAAGGAUGGAGGAGUGAAGGACAGAGACACACUCGAGGAUACUCUAAAGUGGGCGGGGUUAAUUUCCACAGCAGACAGCAGCUUCUCCUGAGCUGGGUGAACGUCUGUGAACAUCUACAGACCUCCUCACUGACCCCUCAGUCUGAACCGUGGACCCAGUCUGUGUCAGACCGGGAUCUGGUGUCUCCCAUCAGUCUGAGAUGGUCCCUCAUUCCUCUCUCUCUCUCUCUCUCUCUCUCUUUAAUUUCCCGCCCUCUCCUUCUUCUUCUUCUCCCUCUCCAUCGAUCGAUUCACUCCCUGAAACUCUCCGCCUGGUAUUUUUCUCCGCCUGAUGUUAUCGACGUGUGUGUGUUCGAGUUUUCUGUCCUUUUCUUUUCUGCUGCGCUGAUGGAGACGAUUAAUGAGAGAGUCAGUUUACAGCGAGAACAGGCAGCUGAAAUCAAAGAGAGGGAGGGAGGGAGGGAGAGAGGGAGAGAGGGAGGGAGAGAGGGAGAGAGGGAGGGAGGGAGGGAUGGAGGGAGGGAGAGAGGGAGGGAGGGAUGGAGGGAGAGAGGGAGGGAGGGAGGGAGAGAGAGAGAGAGGGAGAGAGGGAGGGAUGGAGAGAGGGAGGGAUGGAGGGAUGGAGGGAUGGAGGGGGUUCCCAGGACCCAGACAGGAGCGAACUGAACCUGUCUGACUGUAACCUGCUGCGUUUUCACAUCAACUUCAACAGAGAGAGAGAGAGAGAGAGGAGUAAGAACAGGGAGUGAGGGAGAGUCGGGGGGAGACGAGAGUUUAACAUGAAAACUCAGAAACAGAGAGAGAGGGAGAGAGAGAGAGAGAGAGAGAGAGCGAGAAACAGAGAAAAUGUUUCCGAGUUUGAUACUUGGAUUAACCUGAAUGUGUCUGAAUGUGCUGCAGGAGUCAGAGAGAGAGAGAGAGAGAGAGAGAGAGAGGGAGAGAGAGAGAGAGGGAGAGAGAGAGAGAGAGAGAGAGAGAGGGAGAGAGGGAGAGAGAGAGAGAGAGAGAGAGAGAGAGAGAGAGAGAGAGAGAGAGAGAGAGAGAGAGAGAGAGAGAGAGAGAGAGAGAGAGAGAGAGGGAGAGAGGGAGAGAGAAAGAGAGAGAGGGAGAGAGAGAGAGAGAGAGAGAGAGAGAGGAGGACGUGUUCCUGAGAUGGAAAUUUAUCAGCAGCUUUGCUCCUCGUUUGUUUCCUCUUCCUCUUUUCAUCUUCAUCCUUCUUUCUGUCUGUCUGUGCGACCGACUGAGACGAGGGAACUACACACACACACACACACACACACACACACACACACACACACACACACACACACACACACACAGUUUCCUCUCUCUAAUGAGUGUGUGCUCAGAGUCCAUCAUGUGAGUCUGUUUCUCCUCUUCCUCGGUGGGCGUGGCCUAAACUUCCACCUCAUCACUGUUCAUCUGAACUCUGAUUGGUUGAUGUCUGCUCUUUGUGGAUUGGGACCUAAUUGGCAGGAACGUACAAAGUGGGCGUGGCCUUUUGAGUCAUUGAAUCUCGUUAACGAGGUGAGGGACAGGCAAACGAGCUCGUUACUGCGGUGGGCGGGGCUUCGGCAGAGGAGAUUUCCAAGGUCAAAGACAGACAGUUACAGUCCCAGAAAGAGGAGUGUGUAAACGGAGACGUCCCAUUGGUGGGUUUGGAGAUGUCUGGCGCUCUCUCCUCCUCUGAGGGAGGUUCUGAUGGCGGCGUUCGGGUCCUGAUGGAUCGGUUUCGGCUGAAUCGAAGCUCCUGUCUCAGUCUGGAGGUUUUCAGGGAGGAUCAGAUCACCGGACCGGUUCAAACUUUAAUGAGUGAUGGUGUCACCAACUUCUCCUCCUACACCCACUUCAAUCAUCCUGACUCCGCCUUCUCGACUUCUCGGCGCUCACAGACAGCGAACAGAGAGCUGCAGGUUCUCCUCCACAUGCAGAGUCUCUGAUCUGUAAAGGAAAGACGCUCGCUGUUCAAACCUUCUGAUCAUGGCGUCCUCCUGCCUCCAACCGCACACUGUGUGUGUGUGUGUGUGUUUGUGUGUUUGUGUGUUUGUGGUCACACUCACAGUGUGAGUUUAUCUAAAAUACACACUAAGAGGAGAAACUGGAGCUGACUGUGACAAACUGAUUUAAAGUCAAGAAGAAGAAAAUGGACUUCAUCCUGAUCGGUGGAGUUUUCAGGAUUUAUCUGCAGAUACAAAGAGAGGGUCACAUGAUGGAGGUCUGACCAAUCAGGAGCAGACGUGACGACACGGCCGCAAAAUACUGGAGACUCAUGUCUGCACGAAAUAUAGAAACAAACUCAAACAAAGAGAGAGAGAGAGAGAGAGAGAGAGAGAGAGAGAGAGAGAGAGAGAGAGAGAGAGAGAGAGAGAGAGAGAGAGAGAGAGAGAGAGAGAGAGAGAGAGAGAGAGAGAGAGAGAGAGAGAGAGAGAGAGAGAGAGAGAGAGUCAAAGUUCAUGAGGAAAAAAAAGAAAAACAAGAAGUGAAGAAAUGAGAAACGGAAAAUACAAACAUUUAAAAAAGAAACAAGAAAACAAACGAGACUUUUCAGAAAAGAUAGAAAAUAAGAAAAAGUGAGGAAAGAAAAAAUGGAACAUGAGUGAAGACCGAAGUGGACCAGAGUUCAGUGAGGUCCUCUCAGAUCCACCUCCACGUCUCAGACCUGAUCUGUUCUUUCAAACUUUAAAGAACCAAGAGCAAGAGAAAGAACGAGGGAAAAAGAGAGAGAAAAGAGCGAGAGAACGAGAAGAGAACGAGGAAAACAGAGAGAGAAAGGGGAGGAAAGAAGGAAAAGAACGAGGAAAACAGAGAGAAAAGGGCGAAGAAAGAAGAAGAAAAGAACGAGUAAAAAAGAGAGAGAAAGGGAAGGGAAGGAGGAGAACAAGAAAAAAGAACGAGGAAAAUACUGAGAGAAAGAACGGGAAAAAACAAGAAUAGAAAGAGGAAAAAACGGGUAAAAGAAUGAGAAAAAGAACGAGUAAAGGAGGACUGAAAAAGAGAGACGGAGAGACGGAGCUGAGGUCUGAAACAUGCAUGAAUAAUGAAGGAGGAGAAGAAGCCAGAGGAGACACUUUCUGGAAAACACACUCUCAGGACCGUUCAACAAGACGUAUAUACACACACACACACACACACACACACACACACACACACACACACACACACACUCUCACACACACACACACACACUCAGCAGGAAAGCAGAGGAAAAAUUACGGGAGGCAGGAAGGGACAAACGAGAAAGGCGGGGGGUUAAAGCGAGGAAUCAGAGCGCAGAGUUUUAAUUGGUCAGAUUAGCAUAAAUUAAACAGCAGGACCAGCCACCCCCCCCCCCCCCCCCCCCACGCUGAAGUGUCCUUGAGCAAGGCGCUGAGAGAGUCCUGCAGUGAUGGUAGAUCUGGGACAGAAGAGUCCAAGUCUUCUCUGGACUCCUCUAAACCCAAACAGAGACUCUGGUGGUCUCUGCUGGUCUGACUCCGGUCUGCUGAAGCGGUCUCUGUGACCGUCUUUGUCAGGUCCAAUCAAACGUGUCCGAGUGUCUACAACUGCUGCUGGAGAAACAAGAAGAUGGAGCAUCGUACAGCGUUGGUUUUGUCCUACAUGAUGGACGCGCUACUUUUUCUAAAGAGGAGACCAACGCUACUCCUCUACUCUGGGGGUUUUGUUACGGGGUUAGGGGGGCGUGGCUUCAUACUCCGACUACGCUGGUCACAUGGUAGAGAAAAUUGAAUUCUAAUCUCAUUAUCUGGGUGUUUUAAUCAGAGUUCUCAAACUCUGAUUAUAGUCGGACUAAGGUGUUUACAUGACCUUCAGUUGUUCGGUCUUAAUCGGAAUAAGACGAUAAUUCGGUUUUCUCAGUUGUCAUGGAAACUGACUGAGUGACACCACAGAAGAAGAAGAAGGUGGACCUCCUCUGACUCAGCAGGAAGAGCCUCUUAAACCUCAAACAGGAGGGAUGAUGUUGGAGAACUUCAGACGAUGAUGAUGUGGACUCACUGUUGUUGAUGCCUCUAGUGGUCAUUUUAGGAACUGCAGACUUUGAUGCUCUUGAUCAGACUUUCAGGAGAUGUGUGUGUGUGUGUGUGUGUGUGUAAAUUAGAGGUCAAAGGUUCGUUCUGUAAACUCUGAAUGUCACUCGGUUCAGUUUGAAUUGUAUGUUACUCUCUUGCCCCGCCCCUUUUUCAAAUAUGGUCAUGUCUUGGUCAGGAAACCUGAGCUGUUGGGUGACGUCACAGGAGGGACUUCAUCCAUUAUUGAGAGAGUUUCUGAAAACAAACACUCAUGAAUAUCCCAGCAUGCUUUGCUGUGAUUAGACGCCUGUGUCUUAAUGAGGUUGUUGAUGUCGGUUUAACGUGAACGGUCCUUCCUGUCUGCAGCGCCGCCGCCACCGCCUUCAUUAUUCAUGACGCUGACAGAGAGAGAGAGAAACAAAUCUAAAGAGAGAAAAGAGAAAGUGAUGGAGGGAGAGGGAGCAGAACAGACAGAUGAGGAGAGGGAGGGAGGGCGAGCGAGAGAGAGAGAGAGCGGGCGAGAGAGAGGGAGAGAGAGAGAGAGAGGCCUUCCCUUUGUUAGGAGACACAGCCGCAACAAUUUACAUGAGAGCCAAGCCUCCUGUGAGCUGAUUGGUUCUGAGAGCCGCCCGCCUCACCACCACCCCCCUCCCUCCUACGCCACACUGCAGCCAAUCAGGACGCAAUACACACAGGGGGGCCCCGGCCGGGCGAGCGGGGGUCUGCUGUGAUAGAGUGAGGAGAGAGAGAGAGAGAGAGAGGGAGGGAGGGUGUAUUAGAGAGAGAGAGAGAGAGAGGGAGGGAGGGUGUAUUAGAGAGAGAGAGAGAGAGAGAGGGAGGGUGUAUUAGAGAGAGAGGGAGCGUUGACGGCAGAAUAAUUGAUGAGGUGAGGAGACGGAGUGGAUCAUGGACACGGGCUGUUUGUAGAGGAGGAGCGCCCCCUGGUGGAGGUGCAGUGAUACAACUACACACAAACAGAGUGGAGCAGCAGAGCUGAUCCGGAUCCUUUUAGUCCAGAGAGAGUCUGACCCCCCAAACCCUCAGAAACCAAAAACAGAUUUAACAAGGAAACAUCUCAGCUGUCUGAAGUUCUGAGAGGAACAUCCAAAGAGAGGUCCACCAGGACUCUGUGAGAGACCGCCUCAGCUAACAGUCCAACAGUUUGGUGGAUUUCAUCAUCUACAGUUCAGUAAACCAGGACUGGAUGGUCCUGGUCUUCAGGCCCAAGAAAACUCUGAAGUAGCAGAGUCCUGCUGAGAAACUGGACUUUGAGAACAUUUGGAGAACCGUGACCUCACGGUUCUUCGGAGCAGGUGGAGUCAGGGCCAUGUGCAUCAGAACCGUCCAAUGGUGAUGGUCCGACUCGGUCUUCUUCAGCAUCUUCUGUGAUCAGACUGGAAGAACGUUCAAGUUCUGGUUCUGGUUCUGGUUCUGGUUCAUAACGUUUGUUUUGGACUCAGCGUCCUGACGGAGGAGCAGGUGAAGGAUCAGCUGAUGUUCUGAGUGGACAGAUGAACAGUGUGUUCAGACGACAGCAGCUCAGCGUUCAGGACGUGUGUGUCUGUGUGUGUGUGUGUGUUUGUGUGUGUGUGUGUGUGUGUGUGUGUGUGUGUGUGUGUGUGUGUGUGUGUGUGUGUGUGAGAGGGGGUCAGAUCUGGACAUGUUCUGCAGAUCAACUCGUCAUGUCUCUGUACAAAAAUAAAGAAGGAAAUCAAUCAUGAACUGUGGCCUGAGCACACACACACACACACACACACACACACGCACGCACGCACGCACGCACGCACGCACACACGCACACACACACACACACACACGCACGCGCACGCACGCACGCACACACACGCUCAGUUUGUACAUACAGUACAGUGCCAUCACACUGGACCAUAAUUGGCUCUUCUAUUUGACAACAGAGUUCAGAUAAUAUUGACCUAACACACACACACACACACAGAACACACAGAACACACACACAGAGCACACAGAACACACACACACACACACACACACACACACAUAGGCACACAUAGAGCACACACACACACGCACUCAUGUCCUCUGUCGUGGUCCCUCUGGCGCCCCCCUCUGGACAGAGCUGACGUGUGUCUGUAGAUCUCCUGGGUUAAAUCUGCGCUCCUCUUUUUCUCUCCGCAGGUCGUCAUCGGGAAGAUGUUUGAGACCCAGAAGACCGUGGUGGAGUAUUAAACCCUCACCUGGUUUUGGAGGCGGAGCUCUGAACCAUCAGAUGCAGAGGAGUGAUGUCACAGAAUCAGGAGCCAAUCACUGCCCACCAUCCCCACCACCAACCAAAGCGCUCUGUCUUCUUCGUAAACACGGUUUAAUUUCAGUGGCUGUAGACGGAGGUGUGAGGUGCAUUGUGGGAGAUGUAGGACAGAACAGCUGUGAAGAAUGUGAAUGUUUUUUGUUUUGUCAUGGAUGCACCAAUCAGAUUUCUCCCUCACUUCUAACAUGAAGGAUGGUUCAACCGUCUUCAGUCUUCAAAGAUCUCAUCUUCACCUGUCCCCAGGUUCUGUUUUAGAGCUCUGAAGAACCCGCUCACUGUUAAAGGUGAGCAGGUGAGCAGGUGUGUGACGCCUCAUUCAAAGAUCAUGAGAGGAUCAUGGAGCGCAGAAAUAAACAAAGUUUAACUGAAAAUCUCAGCUGAGGCUUUAACCUGAAAGACCGACUCCAAAAAGUGCCAAAAACCUGAACCAGGACAGAGUUAGACUGUUGUCCUGGUCCUUCACUUUCCACCAGGAUCCUGGGUUCAAACCUUCGUAUCAGAUCAAACCUGUGAGACCAGCAGCUCCUCAAUCAUCCAGGUGGAGAUGGAAAGGUCUUCAACCUGGACUGAACUUUACAGAAACACCAUGAGGGGAAGAACUGAGCGGUGCAUCCCUGAGAUUUUAUAUGUCCAAACGCACAAAUGUAACCCACAUGUGAUUAAAGAACCUGCAGACAGAACCAGCG